GUGUGGAGUUUUGGGCGAACAUGGCGUCUCUUUCGUUGCUGUCAGGAGUGUGAGGUAAAGGGAGUGACAGUAGUCGGGACAAGGCACACGCUCCCUUGGGGAGCUUGAGCCCAGUAAGUUGUUACUUGCUCUAUGGAUACGACAGAUCUGGCUAUGGAAAACAUGGAGACGCUGACUGAGCUGGGCGACGAACUCACCCUUGGAGACAUUGAUGAAAUGCUUCAGUUUGUUAGUAACCAAGUUGGAGAGUUCCCUGAUCUCUUUGAGGAACAACUAUGUCAGACCUACCAGGGAAGCACUGGAGGUGAUGCAUCCAAGGCUUAUAAUACAGUACAUCAACAAUCCUACCAGGUCACAGCAUCUCAGCCGCCGCCGCCUGUAACGGUCAAGUCACCCACCCAGUCAACACCACAGCGGACCGCUCCACCUCUUCGACCCUUGCUUCAGUCUCCCCCUCAGCCACAACUACAGCAGACGUUGAUGCUAACACCCACAUUCAGCUCAGCCCCCCAGACUCGAUUUAUACAGCAGCCUCUUAUCUACCAAAAUGCUGGUACCACAAGCUUCCAGGUGCUGCAGCCACAAGUUCAGAGUCUGAUGACAACACAGCAGAUGCAACCAGUCACUAUUCAGCAGCAAGUGCAGGCAGUACAAGCCCAGAGGGUGCUUACCCAGUCUGCUAAUGGUACCAUCCAAACGUUGACGCCAACUGCACAGAGUGCAAUCCAGACGCUGACCCCUGCUACAGUUCAGACUGUGACUCCACAAGUUCAACAGGUUCCUGUGUUGGUGCAGCCACAAAUUAUAAAAACAGAAUCCUUGGUACUGACUGCAUUAAAGGCAGAUGGUAGUCCUGUCAUGACUGCUGUCCAGAACCCAGGAAUAACAACAAUUGCUGCUCCAUUACAGACUACAACCCUGCAAGUACCUACCCUGAUGGGUGGUGGUGGAACUAUUUUGACGACCAUGCCAGUCAUGAUGGGUCAGGAUAAGAUGCAAUUCAAGCAAGUGCCAGGUAAUUUGAAACAACCAGAAGUUCCAAAAGAAGGGGAGAGACGGACUACACAUAACAUCAUUGAGAAGAGAUACCGAUCAUCCAUUAAUGAUAAAAUUAUUGAGCUAAAAGACCUGGUCAUGGGCACUGAUGCUAAGAUGCACAAAUCAGGAGUCCUGAAGAAAGCAAUCGAUUAUAUAAAAUACCUGCAACAAGUAAACCAAAAACUGCGCCAAGAAAACAUGGCCCUGAAGUUGGCUAACCAGAAAAAUAAAUACCUAAAGGGAAUUGAUUUAAGUAGCCUGGUGGACACAAGUAUAGAAAUGAAGAUGGAUGACUUCAACCAAAACAUUUUGAUGAUGUCCCCACCACCAUCAGAUUCUGGAUCGCCUGCUGUAUUCUCCCCAUAUUCUGUUGAUUCUGAGCCAGGGAGCCCACUGCUGGAUGAUGAGAAAGUUAAAGAUGAGCCAGACUCUCCAUCAGCACUGGGCAUGUUGGACAGGUCUCGGAUGCUUCUCUGCGCCAUGACAUUCCUCUGUUUGUCUUUUAACCCCUUAACUUCCCUCUUACCUUCUGAAGAUGGCCAGAAGCCUGAUAUCACCAUGCAGCAUGGCACAGGAAGGAGCAUGUUGGGCAUCGAUAUGUCUGGUCUUUCUGGCAGUUGGCUUGACUGGCUUAUCCCCACUUUAAUACUUUGGCUUGCAAACGGUGUGAUUGUUCUCAGUGUCUUUAUGAAGUUGUUAAUCCAUGGAGAACCAGUUACACGAACACAUUCACGCUCUUCAAUGAAGUUCUGGCGACACAGAAAACAGGCUGAUCUGGAUCUUACGCGGGGGGAUUUUGGUGCAGCAGCAGUUAACCUGCAGACCUGCCUGUGUGUGUUAGGACGGUCACUGCCUGCUUCCCGUUUUGACCUUGCCUGCAGUCUUUCUUGGAACAUAAUCCGCUGCAGUCUGCAGAAGAUGAGCCUUGUACGUUGGCUGCUGAAACGCACCCCUGGUUAUUACAAGAAAGCCGAGUUUCAGGAUGAGGCUAUGACCAGCGCACGGGAUGCUGCUCUUGUGUACCACAAAUUGCAUCAACUGUAUCUGACAGGGAAGCUACCCUCCAAUUGGAGCUACUCAGGACUAAACCUUGCUCUGUGCGCUGUAAAUUUGGCUGAGUGCGCUGGUGACAAGAUACCAGUAAGUUUGAUGGCUGAAAUACACCUAACUACAGCUGUGCAGAUGAAAGCAAGCUUCCCAGGAAGAUGGUCUUUCCUGUCUGCUUACUUCCUCGGCUGUGCACAGAGAACUGGCUCUUCUGAGAGACCACCUCUCCCAGAUUGCUUACGUUGGCUUUCACACCCACUUGGAAAGAGCUUCUUCAUCAACUGUAACUGGACGAUGAAGUGUGUCUCGAAGGAGUCUCUUUACACCUCUGCAAGAAACCCAGCUGAUCCCAUAGCUCAGAUCCACAGAUCAUUUUGUGAAUUCUUGUUGGAGAAAGCGCUGUACUCCUUGGCAAAACCAGAAACUAAUAAAGGAUUAAGUGAUGAGGAAAAAAGUGAGUUUUCCAUGGCUCAAGAGUAUCUGAAGCUUCUCUGCAUGUUUGCAGACUCUGUGGGCAGCAUCACCUCCCUGCCACUUGGGGCAUCUUCUACCAUGUUUUCAUCUGCUGGCACGGAUCCAAUCUGCAGAUGGUGGUUCUCUGUAUCUUCUAUGGCAAUUGGCUGGUUGCAAGGUGAUGAUGCUGCGGUGAAAUCUAACUAUGCAGAUGUGGAAAGGAUUCCCAAGCUUCUUGACUCACAUAAUCCUCUGGUAAAGGCAGUGAUUCAUGUAUGCAGAGCCAUGCAAACGUCGGUGGUAGGAAAAUCUGAUGGUCUUCAGAACUCCUACUGUCAUUGUGAGAAAGCAAGCGCUUUCUUGUGGAAUAGCCUGAACAUGAGCACCACUGGCAACAGUGACCUUAACAAGGUAAUGCAGCUCUUGGUGUGUGACCUGUUGCUCUCUGUGCGUACCUCACUGUGGCAGAGACAGUCCUGCUCAGCAUCAGGAGAAGCCACCCAUGUGUCCACCUCUGUCCUGACAGGAUUUCAGCGAGAUCUCAGCAGCUUGCGCAGGCUGGCUCUCUCCUUCAAGCUUGCCCACUCCAAGCUGUUCCUGCAUGAAGCCACAGUACGUCUAAUGGCUGGAGCAAGUCCAACUCGCACCCACCAGCUGCUUCAACAUAGCCUGCAGAAGCGCAAGGGAGGUGAAAUUGACUCCUUACCUGGACAGAGGGAAAGAGCCACAGCCAUUCUUCUGGCCUGUCGCCACCUUCCCUUAUCUUUCUUAUCCUCACCAGGACAGAGGGUGGUUAUGCUUGCUGAAGCCGCACGGACUCUUGAGAAAGUUGGGGAUCGUCGCUCUUACCAUGACUGUCAGCAGAUGAUGGUUAAGCUAAGUGGAGGCACAGCAAUGGCAGCCUCCUGAAAUGGACGUUUUGUGUAGUAGAUAUCAAACAUACCAAGAUGUUUAAAUACCACCUUUUUAUUAACCCCCUUUUCUAUAUUGCAGUAGUAAGUAGUGCUUUGGAUGCCCCUAAUGAAAUGAAAUGAGUAGUUGAGAAACUCCUUUCGUCUACCACUUCAUACUAUGUCUUGUAUAGAACCAAACUAUACAUCCUGAAUGCUUCAUGGUCAUAGAAACUAAAGUUUGUUCUUAAAUAUACAUGUUACAGGUUUGAAUCAUCUCAGAAAGCAAAAGGGUUCAGAGCAAAACAUGUUUGCAUCUAGUAUGCUCUAAGUGAGCAGUAUAGAUUAAUUUGGUUCACAACAUUUACCGCAGGAUUGUGGGUUAUUACAAACAUUACAGAGGCGGUGAAGAACACAUAGCUUGAGCUCUACGCAUUCCCAUUGCAAAAGCUGUAAAGCUUUUAUAUUAAUAUAAAUAUGUGCUCUAUGGGGUGAGCCCUGAUUUAAACUUCUAAUGGGCUGAUGUGAUGACCAAUCAUCAGGGUAUCUAUUACCCUGGACCAAAAAUAAGAAAAAA